CGUGACGCGGUUGCCAGGGUGAAAGGUCGGCGCGCCGGCACUCCCAACAUGGCGGCGGCGGCGGCGGCGGAGGGUUGGGCGGGCCCGGGGGCGCGGGGGUCCCGGGCGGCCCCGGCGCGGCCCUGGCGGCUGCCCGCGCUGCUCGUGCUGCUGGCGGCGGGGGCGGGCGCGGCGCGGCUGUACCGCGCGGGCGAGGACGCCGUGUGGGUGCUGGACAGCGGCAGCGUGCGCGCGGCCACGGCCAACAGCUCGGCCGCGUGGCUGCUGCAGUUCUACUCGUCGUGGUGUGGCCACUGCAUCGGCUUCGCGCCCACCUGGCGGGCGCUGGCGGCCGACGUGCGAGACUGGGCCUCUGUCAUCCGCGUGGGUGCACUGGACUGUGCCGAGGAGCAGAACCAUGAGGUGUGCCGGGCCUACGACGUCCACUUCUACCCCACUUUCCGGUAUUUCAGGGCCUUCACAAAGGAUUUCACAGUGGGAGAGAACUUUAAAGGCCCCGACAGGGAGCUGCAGACCGUGCGGCACGCGAUGGUGGAUUUCCUGCAGAGCCACCCCGCCGCACACAGGCCGCCUUCCUGCCCGCCACUGGAGCCCAUCGGGCCCAGCCACGUCCUUGCCCUCCUCGACGCGCACGACCGCCGCUAUGUGGCCAUUGUCUUUGAAAACAACAGCUCGUACGUGGGCCGUGAGGUGAUGCUGGACCUGACCCCCUUUGAAAACAUCGUGGUCAAGAGGGCCCUGGACACAGACCAGGCCCUGCUGGAGAAGCUGGGAGUCUCCUCCAGCCCGUCCUGCUACCUCAUCUCCCCCAAUGGCUCGCACGGCGUGGUCCACACCACGAAGCCCCUUCGUUCCUUUUUCUCCUCGUACCUAAAGUCGUUGCCAGCUGUGAGGAAGAAGCCGCUGUCCCGGCCCGAGAAGCCCCAGGAAGGAGCAGCCACGGACAGGGGGGAGGAGUGGAGAGACUUUGACAGGUCCAGGCUGUACACGGCUGACCUGGAGUCGGGCCUGCACUACCUCCUGCGUGUGGAGCUGUCUGCCCACAAAUCUCUGGCCGGAGCCAAGCUAAAGACUCUGAAGGCCUUCAUCACAGUCCUGGCCAAGCUCUUCCCCGGCCGGCCGCACGUCAGGAAGCUGCUGGAGGCGCUGCAGGAAUGGCUGACCACCCUCCCCCUGGACACUGUCCCCUACCACGCUGUGCUGGACCUCAUCGACAACAAGAUGCGGAUCUCAGGACUGUCCCUCACGAGCCGUGUCACAUGGGUUGCAUGUCAGGGGAGCCAGCCUGAGCUGCGGGGCUACACCUGCGCGCUGUGGGAGCUGUUCCACACACUCACUGUCGCCGCCUGGGCACACCCAGAAGCACUGGAGGGCACAGGUCUGGAGGGGGACCCGCAGGCGGUGCUGCAGGCCGUGCGGGGCUACGUGCGCACCUUCUUCGGCUGCCGGGAGUGCGGGGAGCACUUUGAGGAGAUGGCCAGAGAGUCCCUGGACACAGUGAAGACCCUGGAGCAGGCGAUUCUGUGGCUCUGGAGGAAACAUAACGUGGUCAACAGCCGUCUGGCAGGACAUCCCAGCGAGGACCCCCAGUUCCCAAAGGCCCCCUGGCCCUCGCCGGACCUCUGUCCAGCCUGCCACGAUGAAGUCCACGGCCUGGACCGCUGGGACGAAGAGCAGGUGCUGCUGUUCCUGCAACGCCACUACGGCGCCGCCAAUCUGCUGCACACGCACGCCGCCGAGCCGGGGAGCCCGCGCCCACCCCCUGGCCCCCCUGGCCUCGCGCCUCGCUCGUCCUACAGGCCACUCGCUGGCCUCAACGCCCCCCGAGGCGUGGACGGGGCAGGCGGCCGUGCAGAGGAGGUGGCCGCGCCUUUCCUGGGCAUGGGCUUCUCCGGCCUGGACAUGAGCCUGUGCGUCCUGCUCUACGUGGCCUCCUCCCUCUUCCUCAUGUUCAUGUACUUCUUCUUCCGGGCGCGCUCCAAGCGCUGGAAGGUCCGGCUGGCCCACCCCGCCGUGUAGUGCGGCCACCACACAGGAUCGUGCCCACGCCGUGCCCCUGCUCUUCGCUGGUGCCUUCCGCUCACCCGGAGUGCUGACUCCUUGGGGAGGGAAGGCCGGGCUGUGGCCCAUCAGGCAGCGUGUCCCCAUGGCCCUGCCCACCCAGAGGCACGAGCACCCCUACCCCCAGCUGUCUGUCCCCUCCCUGUGGCUCGUGGCAUUGCCGGCCCUGGCCCCAGGUGCCCGAUCUUGGUGGGAGGAGGACGGUGAGCUCUCGGCCCAUUUGUAGUGCGGCAAACGGGCCCCUCCCACCCGCUGCCUCCCCGCCGGCCCCUCUGCUGGGCAUCCUCCUGUUUUGACAUGUCAUCAGGAAACAACACGUAGAGGGAAUCGCCUCCACACAUGGAGCAGGUCACCAGGCCUCUGUGGACAGUGUCUCAGAGGUGUUUCUGCACACGGCUGUGCCUGUGUGCGCACAUGUGCCUAUUGGUAUGUGUGUGUCUGCUUCUGUGCCCAUGUGCCUGCCGGGAGAGUAUGUACCUGCUGUGUGUGUGCCUGCGUGUGUGUGCACCUACUAUGUGUGUGUGCAUGCCUGUCGUGUAUGUGCGCCUAGUGUUUGUGUGUGUGUGUGUGUGCUUGCUCUGGGUGUGUGCUGUUGUGUGUGUGCCUGCGUGUGUGUGUGCUUUUGUGUAUGCGUGCCGUGUUUGUUGUGCCUGUUGUGGGUGUGUGCCUGUUGUGUGUGUCUGCCGUGUUUGUGCCUGCCGUGCGUGUGAUGCUCAGUCCGUCCGUCCGUGGGCCCAUAGAGGACAGCCCCUGCUGCUGUCUUGUGGCGCUGGGGGAGGCCCCCAUGAACUGCUGAGCUGCCUCAGAGUCUCCGUAUUCCAUGUGCAGGGAGUGCUGGCGAGCACUGCAGCAGGAGCAGUGUUUGUAGGAGAUCUGGGCUCAGUCCUCAGUGCCAGGAUUCCCCCCUGAGGACUGAGGUUUGGCCCCAACCAAUACCACCCCUCAGCAGCAUGUUUCCAUGGCUACUGUGUGCCCGGGCUGUGGGGUGCAUGGUCAGACCCCCCUGGGAGCCCCUCACGGCCUUUGGAGGGACCGGGCUCUCUGCUCCAGCUGCCCGGGUUUACAGGAACCGCCUUUCCCAGGAGUGUGUGUGCACGGGCCACUGCACCCCUGGCUGUGCGCUCCCUGGGACGGGAGUCGGGGGUGUUGUGUUGGGAAAAGCAGCUUUUGCUGGGAACAGUGUGCCCGCCCCAAAAUAGUGCCACCUCCCGGCCAGGGGAGGCCUAUUUUCUAAUUGUAGGGAUUUAAGAGGUAUGGAGACUAAUGAAUAUGAUAGUUCGGUAACUUAAAUGUUUAUUUAUUUUUAAUGGAAGGAUUUUGAUUAAAAGGAAGUUAAUUGACAUGGA